CAAUGGCGGAUGGACACUGUGUAGUUUGUGAGUCCAAAGUAAACUUAAAAAGAUGUGUGAGGUGUCGAUCAGUUAUGUACUGUAGCAAAGACCAUCAGAUCGCCGAUUGGCCAACACACAAGAAGUUCUGUCAGAGUUCUAGAAAACCUAAGGGGCAAUCAUGUAAUGCUACGCCGAAGGACAGCAUGGCUGGCGAAACAACAACAACGCCUGCAGCUCAGACAGGUACCGGAUCAUUUCACGACGGAAGCCCAAACCUAAAUGCAAAUGGACACAUUGGAACGAAAGGUAAUCAGUAUGGUUUAAACGUUAAAGUUUCCACGACAGCUGCGUCGCAACAGGUGCAUUCUACAACUAAGGAAAUGAUGCAAGAGUUGUCACCCUUUGACCAAAGACCACUCAAGUUGGCUACGUUUACCGCAGUCACCGGCCAAAAGGAAUUUCAGGUUUCACAAUGCAUUUUCGCUGCGUUGUGCAGUCAAGGAUAUUGUGUUUUACGAGGUAUUUUCAAGGACGGUAUCUGUGUAACGGCAUUGGAUGAGGCCACGAGACUGAACAGCGAGGGACAAAUGCGGUUAGGUCGCCUGGCCGGUGGGAAGACAAGCUCCGUGGAGGACAAGAAAGUGAAGGAGUCUAGUAUCAGGAGCGAUAAGAUGAUGUGGAUAGAGGGGAAUGAAAUACAGUUUCCCGGUAUAUCAAAAAUUGUUAAGACUAUGGACGAAACGGUGGCGAAGUUUAAUGGCCUCAAAGACUGUCGCUAUGUAUUUUACAAGAGAACAAAGGCAAUGGUAGCGUGUUACCCCGGUAACGGGUCGUUCUACCGACGUCACGUGGAUAAUCCAAAUAGAGAUGGACGUGUCCUUACCUGUAUCUGUUACCUCAACCCAAACUGGGACACCCAGACAGAUGGUGGAGUGUUGCGACUUUUUCCUGGUGGCACCGAUUCAUAUGUUGAUGUUGUUCCCCAGUCGAACACGUUGUUGUUGUUUUGGUCUGACCGUCGGAGUCCUCAUGAGGUACAACCUGCUUUCCGUACCAGGUAUGCAGUAACCGCCUGGUUUUUUGAUCUGGAAGAACGAGAGAAAGCCAAGCGACAUGCCUGUCGAGAACUGAACGCAACUGAGGAGGAAAUCACCAUGCAUGAUAUCAAGACCAAAGAAACUCAGAAGGAGGCUCUGCGUGCAGAGAUGGAGAAGCAAUCCAAACGAGCCAUAGACUUGUUAUCCCAGGAGGAAAUACAGGCUAUAUUGACGCUGAUUGAACGUCAUCCAGACCCCGCUGACAUGUUAUCUGGCCUGGGCAUCGCUCCGAGUAUACAAGCAGAGCUAAUGAAGCUAGCCUCUGAACAACAGCAGUCCACAUUGGAUUGAUACCCGCAGAUAUCUAGAGUGAUGAGGAGAAAUCACGUCCAACCUCUGUAUUGCAGAGAUGAAAUAAAGUGUCAAACCGACACACCAUGAUUGUUCAGGAAGCCUUGACUCGCGAAUCCUGAGCACAAGGUUAUAGACAUAAGUCCAGAAACUGGUUUUGUGCACUUCUGAGAUAUGGUAUUGGGGACCGAAAGCCUUGUUCUGAAGGAGUACCCAGCUUUCUCACUAAGAGGACACAAAUAUGACUAAUGUAUAAUGUGAAUUUUGUUUCGAUUACCGGGUUCCUUAAAAGUCACCUUCAAACGCAAACUAAAACUCAAACAGGGGCGACGACUUAGGGUCAUAUUUGUGAGUUGUUUUUAUGUCACCUCUAGUGAUUUGUUAGGUCAUU